UCUCUCUCUCUCUCGGUUGUUCUACAGUAUCCUUCUCCUUAGCUGUGAGUCUCGUUCAGGAAAAUCUCAUAAUCAGGUCACAUUUCAGUGUAGAUCCACCAUCCAUAUCUACCCGGGAGGAAGGAUAACCAGAAAGAGUGUGGGAGAGAGGGAGUGUGUUUGAGAGAGGGAGAGGAAGAAGAAAAAGAGAGAGAGAGCGUACCCCACUUUAAGAAAAUAGGCAGCCAUGGUCGGCAUUGGGAAUUUGGGGUAUCUCCUUGUCCCGCUCCUGGUUCUGGCGGGCUCUUCCAAGCAAGGGGACGUGAAAAGUGUGAAAGACACCGAAAAUGCGGGGAGCUUCAUGGAGGAUGAGCAAUGGCUGUCCACCAUUUCCCAGUACAGCCGCAAGAUCAAACACUGGAAUCGCUUCAGAGACGAAGUUGAGGAUGAUUAUAUCCGAACCUGGGAUGACAAACAGAGUUCAGAUGAAAAUGUAGACACCACUAAGGAUCCAUGCCUGAAAGUGAAAUGUAGUCGGCACAAGGUCUGCAUUGCCCAGGGAUACCAGAGAGCGAUGUGCAUCAACCGCAAGAAACUGGAGCACAGAAUCAAACAGCCUGCAUUGAAGCUACAUGAGAACUGCAAAUCCUGUCCAGUGUCUGCUUCUGCCCCUGUAUGUGGUUCAGAUGGUCACAACUACGCUUCUCAGUGUAAACUGGAACAGCAGUCUUGCUUAAGUGGAAAGCAGUUGACGGUGGCCUGCACAGGGCAAUGCCCCUGUAUAACAGAGCCUACAAUGUCCCUGGAUGAUAGCGAGAAGCACGAGAGCUGCACAGGCCAGGAUCUAGCAGACCUGGGUGAUCGCCUCAGAGACUGGUUCCAGCUGCUACAUGAAAACAGCAAACACAACAACUCUGGAAAACCGGGCGUGAGCACAACUACAGUACUAGACAAGAGUCUUGUUGCCAGUUGCAAGGAUUCUAUUGGCUGGAUGUUCUCCAAACUGGACACCAACAACGAUUUAUAUCUGGACCAGUCUGAGCUGACAGCAAUUAAUCUAGACAAGUAUGAAAUCUGCAUACGACCCUUUUUCAACUCCUGUGAUGCAUACAAAGAUGGACAAGUUUCAACUGCUGAGUGGUGCUUCUGCUUUUGGAGAGAAAAACCUCCCUGCCUAGCUGAGUUGGAAAAAAUCCAGGUGCAAGAGGUUGCAAAAAAGAAACCUGGUAUGUAUAUUCCCAGCUGUGAUGAAGAUGGUUAUUACAGAAAGCUACAGUGUGACCAGAGUAAAGGCGAAUGCUGGUGUGUCGAUCAGCACGGUGGUGAACUGGCAGGAUCCCGUAUCCAUGGCAACCCUGACUGUGAUGAUCUGGUUGGAUACUCUGGGGAUUUUGGAAGUGGAGUGGGAUGGGAAGAUGAAGAGGAAAAGGAGGUAGAAGAGAAUGCUGAAGAAGCAGAAGAGGAGGAGGGUGAAGCAGGAGAAGCGGAUGAUGGGGGCUACAUAUGGUAGAACAAUGUUACUGUCUGCAGUAGAGUGUUGGUGGCCAUGUUGGGAGAGCAGCUCUAGCUCUUGCAGGAAGGAUCACAGGUAAACUUUAAAUAAGGGCAGGCUCUUAACUACAUACAGUACAGCAUUGACUCUGAAGAAGAUCAGACUUUGUCUUAAUAUGUUUAUAACUUGCAAAUUAUUAUUGUAGUGCAUACAAUGAAAUUCCAGCGAGAUGAUUUCCCACCCCAAAUUAUAAAAUUCACCCUUUUAUCUUGGUUAUCACCUGGAAGCUUCCAUGUCUGUUUCAAAAGUAAUCCACACACCCCAUGACAUUUGUCAAACAUUGUGUCAUCUACAGGUAUAAGAGACAUGUCAUAUGUUAGGAGUUCCCUGUUGAAGGUAGUUACAGGAGCAACAUAUAAAGUGUUUUGAAAUAUAAUUUGUGUUUGUCAAACAUUUGUGCUUUGCUGCUGGCUGCUUUAUCUCCUCCAGUAAAAUACGUAUAUAUUUGGUUGUUGUCAAACUGAUAGGUGAACCAGUUUUUUUUUUUAAUUGACCUGUUACAGACUAACAUGUCUCAAAGGGAUGAGUGCUGCUGACCCCCAGUUAAUAGGGUAUAAAAAAGGAAGCAGAAAGCUAAAUGUGCCAGCUGCUAGAAUUUCAAGUGGCCUUUUGUGGGCAGGCAGAGAGAGAAAAAACUCUGUGCUAGAGAGACGUCUGUCAUGUCAUCAAGCAUGUCUCGUGUGGCUUAUUAAUUAUGCAGGGAUGCCACUGUAUGCUGCAUUUCUUUCAGAAACCAGAGAGUUGAACUUGUGAAUAAAUCUAUUUAGAAAGACCAAAUCACCAGUUCAACAGCAAUGAAACUGACUGGUCAACUGGAAUGUCCGUUCUUCGGCUGACUUUGAAUCAUUUUAUCUAACAUGACAAAUCAGGUUGUUGAUUCUGCUUUUUUGUUCCUUACCCUGCCUGUUAACUUGCAUCAAGCCAAAAAACAUCAAAGAUUUAGAAAAUGAAAUCAUAAUGUCAAUGGAAUAGGAGCCUAGGACAAGUCAAAGUCACAAUGUCUUAAUUCACGCUUUUCUAAAAUCAUGUCACAAUAGCUUUUGAGGGAACCACAAGGUUUAAAAACAAUUUUUCAUACUAAGCGUAUUGCAGUCGUUCACAAAUGCAGACUUCUCAAGUUUACGUUUCAUUAUUUAAACACCCACGCAGAUUGAGGUGAACCCUUACCCAUAACGACAACCCCUUCAAUUCAUUUAUUAUUUUUGUAUUCCCCAAAAAGGAUCAUUCUUUGCAUCAAUUUCUAGUUCAAAGUAAAUCUCAAUAAUCUCCAUUAGCAAUUCAUUUAUGAAUCAAUACAUUGUGGAAAAGAACAGAGUUCUCCAGUAAGCUAUAAUUAUUACAUUAAUACUUGUUUUAGUUUUGAGAAAUUCAUGAUAAGAAUUUUAACACUAUUGCUCUCCAGGAUCUGGACUGCAAAUGGCUUUGGUCCUAAAAACACAGCUUUGUGUAGUUCAUUCAUUGAAACAAUAAAUGGCUGCACAGCAUUGAAGCAUUGAAGCAGACAAUUAUAACCUGACAAGGAGAAAGUAUAUCCAUCCAUUAUCCAACCCGCUAUAUCCUAACUACAGGGUCACGGGGGUCUGCUGGAGCCAAUCCCAGC